AUGGGCCUGACUGCCAUUCCCUGCCUGUGGCCGGAGGUCCCUUCUCCCCAGCAGCACUGUUGCCCUGAGUUCCCUAGCCCACCCCUCCCUACCACCAAUCCCCAGCAUGAUACCUUUCCCCCAAACUCCAUUCUCCGGUUUUGUUCAAUUGUGAAUGCCACGUCCUGUCCUGGUGACAGGAAAACAAUGUUGGUGAAGUCCCAGCGGUGUCAGAGUGAUCCAUGUGCCCCUGGGAGGUUGUGAGGGGGCGGAAGCCCUGGCGGCCUGCGGGCCCUGGUGAUAGUGCUCUAUCUGGGGCCACAGGGCCUGUCCUCGGCCUCCAGGUUAUUUCUGGCGGAUGGCUGCGCUGUGGUCGGUUUGGUGGGGGAUCUGGGGCCUGGCAGGGGCGGGGCAGCCUUAUCGCCUGGCUCUCCAGCCCAGGCUUCGGGGUCCAGAGCAAGCCGGGUCACCAUCCUCUCGCCAUGGGCUUCGGUGAGUCUGGGGUCAGGCAGGGCCCCGGCUGCGCUCCUUGAGCAGAGUCGGGCUGGGAGGCGCUGCCGUAGGGAGAUUUGGGUGGGACUGGACCCGCCCCAGAGCCCCACAGGCCUCCAGGCUCACUAUGGCGCUUCCCUUCUAGGGCCGCGCGGGGCGCUGAGCCUGCUGCUCCUGCUGCUAGCGCCGCCCAGCCGCCUGGCCGCGGGCUGCCCCGCGCCGUGUGACUGCGCGGGGACUCUUGUGGAUUGCGGGCGCCGCGGGCUGACGUGGGCCUCGCUGCCCGCCGCCUUCCCGCUGGACACGACCGAACUGGUGCUGACGGGCAACAAUCUGACGGCGCUGCCGCCGGGACUGCUGGACGCGCUGCCCGUGCUGCGUCUCGCGCACCUGGGGGCCAACCCCUGGCACUGCGAUUGCCACCUGGUGCCGCUGCGCGCCUGGCUGGCUGGCCGACCCGAGCGCGCGCCCUAUCGCGACCUGCGCUGCGCCGCGCCCCCCGCUCUGCGCGGCCGUCUGCUGCCCUACCUGGCGGAGGACGAGCUGCGCGCCGCUUGUGCGCUGGGCGCGCUCUGCCGGGGGGCGCUGGGGGCGCAGCUCCUGCUGCUCGGCCUCGGGCUGCUGCACGCACUGCUGCUGCUGCUGCUGCUGUGCCGUCUGCGCCGGCUGCGCGCCCGCGCCCGCACCCGCGCCGCGCACCCGUUGUCGCUGACCACCCCGCUGGUGACGGAGCCCGCGGGAGGCCGCGAGUCCUGA